AUGCUGCUUUAAAUUGCUUAUAUUUUUAUCCUAAAACAAAAACUCCAGAAAAUCACUCCAAAUGGCAUUUUGCACCAGCUUCAGUCUUCUUCUUCGCCAGCACCGGCACCGGCCACGGCCACCGGAGAAUCCGUACACUCCAUUUCCUGUAUCGUGUUGCAUGUUAGGUUUCCUCUGUUUCUAUUUCCUUGUCUUAAAACUCUAACAAUAUUUCCCCUUCUCAGUUUUCCGAUGAUCUCCGACACAAAACCUGUAAUCACCUAUAGCCCAUGCACAUUAGAACCACCUAUUUCGAAAGCUUCAUCUAUACCGGAUUUAAUUUCUCAUUUAAAAUCAACGAAAGGGUAUCGAGAAAAGAACUUUUCUCUGGUACAAGAAAUCCUUAUAGACCGGGAAAAGUUGCAAAAUGCUGAAAUCGAAAACCUGAAAAAAGAGCGUGAUGUAAUUGAGAAGAGUCAUGCUUUAUGUUUCCUAGAAAAGAUGAAAAUGGAGGAGCAAUUAAACAAUUUUCGUAGAAAAUGCGAAGAAUUGAGUGAUAAUGUGACUAAAUUGGAGGAGGAAAGAAAUUUGUUUUGCAAUAGGGAGAAAAGAGCUGAAGAAAGGUAUCAAAAGAUAAAUGAACAACUUGCUAAUGCACAAGGAGAUAAAUGUAAGUUGAUAUUUGAGAUGUAUAAUAGGAUAGAAGAGUUGAAGAAAGAAAAAUCAGAAGCCGAGGAUAGAGUAAAGGUUUGGGAGCAAGAGUUGAAACAAUUAAAUGACAGGAUGUCACGUCGAAAGGAGAAAAUGGCGGACAAUCAUGUUAGAGAAAUCCCCGUAAAUUUAGAACUCGAGACAACUGUAGGUUUACAAGUGAAUAAUCAAGCUUCUGGUGGUGAUAAGCAGACUGUAAUUCGUGAAAAUUUAGGAAGUGAAGUUAAUCACAACAGUAAAAAUUUGGACUCAAUCAAGGAGAGCCAGCUUCCUCAUGGGGCUCGGUGGAAUUGUGAUUCAACUGGAAAUGGAAAUGAUCAAUCAGAAAAGGAAGAUCCUCUACCUAUCUACUUGGCUCGUGAGAAUAGAGCACCUAGUAGAAGCCUAUCAGCGUUUGAAGUUGGAGACUGCAAUAAGAAAAACUUGAAUACAAUCUCUGGCAGCCCUGGAUCUUCAACCGUCAUUCACAUUAUUGACAGUGAUGAAGAAAUGGCAUGUGUUUCAAAUAGUCAUCGUGUGUCAAGAAAUUUAACACUUCCUCAUCAGAUAAAAGAAGAGGAUAUAAAGGAAUCUUCUACUUUAUUGUCUAAGAGGAAAAGAAGCUUAAGGGAUUCUGACAGUGAAAAGACAAGAUCCAGUCAAGAAUUAGAUUGUAGUGAAAAGCAGUCUUUUGCUCUUGACAGUUUCAGAAAUGCAGCAGUGUUCAUUAGACAAUGUGAUGACAAAGUUGGAGUGAAGUGUUAUUCUCAACCUUCAUCCACAAGAUGUGAUCUAUACAAGCUUAAUGAGAUUAAUGAUGAAAGUUCAUCAGAUUCAGAUAAUGAUUCAUGCAGUGACAAGAAUAUGGAUAUGUUAAUCAAAAGAGCUAGAGAAGGUACAAGGUGCUUGUCGGAAGAUAGUUUAGGAACAAAGGACCCUGAACUUUGUACGAAUGCGGUACGUGGACUAUAUCAGCAACAAAUUUCUCCAAGCAUAUCUUCCAAGGGUCUCUCUUUUACCAAGAGUCAGGAAGUGAGUCAAUCUGAUAAAUUCAGCAAUUUGGACUCUACCAAGGAAGAGCAGUUUUCACCUGGGGCUCACAUUGGUUGUGAAUCAACUGGAAAUGGAUGUGGUCAAUCAGGAGGUGAAGGGAGUGGUAAUACUGACCUAGUUUCAACCAAAAAGAAUCCGUCUAAUUGCCUCAAUGCCCAGACAUUGGGUUACGUGCCUUCUGCUUGUGAAUCAGCUCAUGUCAGUAGCGAUGGUUCCAAGAAAGAAAAGAAAAGUUGUUCUACAGUGAAAACAGAGAUGUCUUCUGGAAGUCGUGAUAGUUGGUGUGAUUCUACACCGAGGAAGAUCACCAAGAAGGAACAGUCUAGUGGUACAGAUAAGGUGCAGGUUACUCAUACGCCUAGUACACCUGUCCUCCCUCUCACCCAUGGCUUUCAUACGACGCCUCCCCCUGGAUAUACAUUAAAACCACUCUCAUCUUCCACCCCAGCAUCCAUUGCACCACCAUAUCCCAUUCCAUCAUCAUCCUCCCCACCCUCAUCUGUCACUCCCUCUGCAUCUCUUCACCAGGGUGUAACCCCCAUCCAUGAUUCUCCCGAUGCUCUUGUUGGAGGUGGUGCCGCUUCCUCCGCAUCCAUUCAGCCUGGACAGGUCGAUGCUAGUGGGAAGGUCUAUAUCAUCCCAGAUUGUAAUAACACGUUUUAUCCUUCCUCUCAGCCUGUACAUGCAAUCACUGAGAUCAUCAAGGCAUUUUAUAAGGACUAUUACCCGACGUGGAGUGACAUACCAUACUCACUUCGUCAGAUAUUAUUUGAGGAGUUUAAAAAGCAUGUGUGGUGGUUUCCUGAGAACGAGAGAAAGAUAUGGAAGUCAUUUGAGGCUCGAGCAAAAAAUCGGCUCUCCUACUUACUUUCUCAGGCUCGGAAUAAGAAUGAGAGGCCCCAGUGGAUCGAGGAGCAGAUAUGGAAUCGACUUGUACAACAUUGGUCCUCUGAAGGUUUUAAGAAGAAGAGUGCCCAAGCAAAGGCUAACCGUGCAUCUGAGAAGGGUGGUUGUUUGCACACUGGAGGUCCCAUCUCAUUUGGGACGCUUUGGAGGCGAAUGGAGGAGGAGUUGGGAAGACCACCCACAUUAGGUGAGAUCUUUCAGCGUACUCACAUGAAGAAGCUCCCUGAUGGCCAGAUGGUCUGGGUGGAGCCCCGCGCGGAGAAAACAUAUAAUGAAUAUCAGCAGAUUUUGAAACGUCUCAAACAUACUCAGUCAGCCGAGGAUGCUGUUAAUGAAGUUGAUGUUUGGCUUAAAGUGAUUGGUGGGAAGAAGAAAGGGAAAGCUUAUGGCCUUGGCUCAUUUGGACUUUUUCUUCGGUGGAAAAUGGACGAGGAGAUGCACCAGCAGGCUGAGCGCGAGUAUCACCUUCGUGCUAAAGCUACAACGGAAGCAGAUGAAUCAUGAGGAGAUGAAUCAUGAGGAGUUGAGCAGAGAAGUUAGUAUUCUCCAAGUCUUAGGUUGACGUGUUCAUGCAAGAAUCUUUUGUCCCAAAAUCCAAAUGAGUUUGAGGAGACAAGGAUGAUGAUAAUGUUUAAGUCGUUAUUCUACAUUUGACACAAGUUAUAUGUUUGUACAUCUUUGUAAAUUGUAUUCAGUUGAUUUAUGUUUUGAUGUUUGAUGCAUUAUUGCAUCGCUUAAGAUCAAUUAGUACGACCACCUAGGGUUGUGGUAGAGCAGUAAGUACUCUUUGAUCAUAAAUCUGAUAUUUCGUGUUCAAGUCUUGA